AUGGCGUCACAAUCUCCAACUUCACAAGAACAGCCCGUCGACUUGAAACCAUUAACGAAAGGAUUGGAGUUUGAGUGGUUGUACCUUUGGAGGUAUGACAUAGAUGCUCACGGUGAGGUUGAAAUCCAAGUGAGUGGAGAGGGUGAGAUCAGAAACGGUUAUAUCGUGGUUGCCUUUGAUAGCUUAGCGCGAAACAUGGACACCGAUGAAGAUAUAUCAGAAACAAACACGAUAGAUGUAUCCCAUAAGAUCAUCCACAAUCUUCUCAAGACUAAUGGUGUCGAUAUCAAUGAUUUUGACAACUGGGGUAAGGAACCUGAUGAUCCCAACCAUCCUAAUGCCGCCAACGCUGCAGACAAAACAUAUUACCGAUGGAUCUUGAAGCAAGAUCACUCCGUCAACUACGUGAACCAUAACGAGAUAACAAGUUUGAUCGGCGGAACCUUUCAUUUGCAAGAUGCUGAGCUUGUCUCGCCCGCCCUAUUAGCAAGUGCUAGGGAAAGUGAUGAUGAGAUCACAAGAGUAGUGGACAUACUGCGCAAUAACCUCAUGUAUUUUACUCCGGAGUCAGCAGGAUUUCACAUACAUGUAGCCCCAGGACCUUCUAUGUUCGGUCUGGAGGAGCUCAAGAAGGUGGCUAUCGUCUUAUAUACUAUAGACAUUUUGUUCAAAGAUCUCCACCCUUCUCAUCGUCACAACAACCAUUACUUCCCUCCUAUACGCACAAAAUCAAGGCUUGCACGUAACGACGCAGAAAUAGUUCCUGAUCACAGAAUACUGGAUUACGAUGUAGAAGCCAAUGGGAUGAAAUCGUCAGACGCGUGGAUAGUGCUUGGCAAUGCCGGAACACCACAUCUGAUCGCUGACCUCUUGUCUAUCACCGGCGAUAGGGGUACCUAUAGUUUUCAGACAGUCGUAGAUCCAAAGAGGCCUACGAUCGAAUUUCGACAAGCCGCAGGGACCAUGAACACUGAGUGGAUACAUCAUUGGUCAUCUAUAGUGGUCGGAACAGUCGACUGGGCAAGACGAGCAUCCUAUGGCGAUAUUCACAAUUUCCUUGUAGCCUGUGAUAUGAAGGAAGCUAGCCCAGAGCUCCAUAGCGUGUGUUCUGUCGGCGAGUUCCUUAGAAAUACGCUUCGACUGCCGGCCACGGCUGACUAUGUCGCGCGAACUACGCCAGGCACAAGAGCUACACCUAGGUUGACUGGAUUACAAAAGACGUGGCGCGAGCGCCCAGAGAUACGUAGUUUAUUCAAUUGGAAAAUGCUUCCCUGCACCCACUGGGAUGGAGAUAUUAACAUGUCUACAUAG